AUGAAGUUUUUAAAUACUGCUUCGAUCGUGGCACUGGCUGGUCUUUCGCCCCUCAUGCCCACCGUGUAUGGAGCCGAGAUGUAUGAUUGUGGGAAUGGUGCCAGAUUUACCACUGCGUCAAUUAUGGAAUACACAUCACUUGCUACCGCUGGAGGAAAAAGUACUAGCGACCCUACUUUCUCCGGAGAACACAUCAAAGGCGCAUUUCGAUUUAAACGAGUGAUAAAUAAUGUUAAUAGAUAUUUCUUAGUUCAAAGUCUACUUCAAUAUCCAUUCACCCGAUUAUUCGACGUUACAUCAGGUCAUAAUCAAUGUCAUAUCGUAAAUGACUAUGCUGAGACCUCAUGA